AUGGCCAAAGUGCUGCAGCAAACAAGACUGAUCAUUUGGGAUGAAUGUACGAUGGCACACAAAAAAUCUUUGGAGGCAUUAGAUCGCUCGAUGCAAGAUUUACGAAAUAACAAAAACCGGUUUGGUGGUGCAAUGAUACUAUUGGCAGGUGAUUUUCGACAAAUAUUGCCAGUUGUUCCACGCUCAACGCCAGCUGAUGAACUGAAUGCCUGUUUGAAGUCGUCCAUUUUAUGGAAAUACAUUAAAACACUUAAAUUAAGUAUAAACAUGAGAGUCGAAUUACAGGAAGACCAGUCUGAAGAAGUGUUUUCCAAACAACUGCUCGAUAUUGGUAAUGGUAUUAUUGCUGUUGAUACAUCAUCUGGAUACAUUACAUUCCCUACCAAUUUUUGUAACUUUUGUGAAUCAAAGACCGAACUCAUGGAGAUGGUUUUCCCAAACAUUGCUCAAAAUUACGUAAAUCACAUUUGGUUAAGCGAACGUGUUAUAUUGGCCGCAAAAAAUGUUGAUGUGAAUGAAAUGAAUUUUCAUAUUCAAGAGAAAAUAGCUGGCGAAUGGAAGAAUUACAAAUCAGUUGAUUCCAUUACUAAUGAAGAUAAAGUUGUCAAUUAUCCAACAGAAUUUUUUAAUUCGCUGGAAUUGCCCGGAUUACCACCUUUUAAUCUGAAAUUAAAAAUCGGAUCAGUAAUUAUUAUGUUACGGAACAUAAACCCGCCACGUCUGUGUAAUGGUACCUGGCUCGGGGUGUUGAAAUUAUUGAACAACGUUAUCGAAGCCACAAUUUUGAAAGGGAAGUACAAAGGCGAAGAUUUUUAA